CCGCCCGCCCGGGAAGAUGCGGCUGCUCCCGGAAUGGCUCCUCUUGCUCUUUGGCCCGUGGCUCUUAUGGCCCGUGAGGAAGGCCGCAAGCGCCCAGCUGCCGGAGUCCGGACUGCCGCAGUACCUGGAGCUGCGCCCCGCCGCGGCCGGAGGGGGCGCCACUGGCCAACAGCUCCCAGCGUCCAGGUCCUCCGAGGGCCUGGGCGCCGCCCGCGCCUGGAGCUGGGCCUGGCCGGCUAACCACACGGGGGCGCUGGCCCGGGCCGGGGCUGCCGGUGCGCUGCCGGUGCCGCGCACCAAGAGGAAACCUUCCAUCAAAGCGGCCCGAGCCAAAAAGAUCUUCGGCUGGGGAGACUUCUACUUUCGGGUGCAUACCCUCAAGUUCUCGCUGCUGGUCACUGGCAAGAUCGUGGACCACGUGAACGGCACCUUCAGUGUGUAUUUCCGCCACAACUCCUCCAGCCUGGGCAACCUCAGUGUGAGCAUCGUGCCGCCCUCCAAGCGUGUCGAGUUCGGGGGCGUCUGGCUGCCCGGGCCGGCCCCCCACCCUCUGCAGUCUACACUGGCCCUGGAGGGGGUGCUCCCGGGCCUGGGGCCCCCGCUGGGGGUGACUGCAGCAGCAGCGGGGCCGGGGCUUGGGGGCACCCUUGGGGGCGCACUCGCAGGCCCCCUCGGGGGCGCGCUGGGAGUGCCUGGGGCCAAAGAGUCCCGCGCUUUCAACUGCCACGUGGAGUAUGAGAAGACAAACCGCGCGCGCAAGCACCGCCCGUGCCUGUACGACCCAUCGCAGGUGUGCUUCACCGAGCACACGCAGAGCCAGGCCGCUUGGCUCUGUGCCAAGCCCUUCAAAGUCAUCUGCAUCUUCGUCUCCUUCCUCAGCUUUGACUACAAACUGGUGCAGAAGGUGUGCCCAGACUACAACUUCCAGAGCGAGCACCCCUACUUUGGAUAGCGCGCCCCGCCCCCGGCCCCGGCCCCGACCUUUCCGCCAAAUCCUAGCCUGGCUAGGUGGGACCCCCCCCCCCCACUUCUCCCUGUACCUCUCCGUCCCUGUGGCCGCGUCCAGCCCUUCCACUCUGCGGGCGGAGGGGAAUGGCCCUCCCCGGGCCCAUCAGCAGGCGCGUUACCCCUUUUCCUAGCGGAGAGUGCCCCUGAGUGGGAUGGCAUGGCCCCCGCCCCAGGCACCCCCUAAAGUGGAGGGGCAGGAACGCAGCCCCAGAAUACACAGCUGGAAGGCGGUUCCAGCGCGCUCGAGGUCUACACUGGAUGCCCUUUUCGCCCCCGGCGCUGGGAUGGACACUCCCUUUGCCUGCAGCUUUAAUGAUGCCUGCCUGGCACCCUCCUCCCGCCCUAACUCUCUUCCCCCACGCGCUUGUCCUCCUGCCGCGCCUGCCCCCGUGUGUAAGCCUGCAAAGGCCAAUAGCCCCGGCCCGUCCCCGUCGCUGUCUGCCUGCGGUCUGCCUGCCCCCCUACCCUCUCCUCGCAACCCCGUAGGGUAGCGGAAGCAGAACGCCCGGCCCCUGCCCUGGGCCCGCCCUCCUCCCGUCCCCGCAGUCCAGCUCCACCUGCCCUCUCUGGCUGCUUCCUCUCGGUGAUAUUUUUUAUACGCCAAAACAGACGGGGAAGGGAACAAAAUAAAGUGAAAUCCA